AAAUAACGUGAAAGGAUGAAGAGGAAUAUUACAUUGGCACUAACAGUUAAGAAAAAUCCAAACGAUAAAUCCAUUGGCUGUCGCGGAGGAAACAUAGGGGCUACUACUAUAAUGAAUUAUUUUUUAAAAAUGGCGACGUCCGCUGUCAACACUUUAACAAAAACAGCAAAUAAUCCUAUUCGUUUUUUUCUCGGAGUGUGUUUACCAAGUACUAAGGAAAAUGCUGCAAAAAUCCGAAUUCCAAAAUUAAUUAAAGAUGAUUACAUUAACAUGUAUUUCCGUGAAUUUGAUUUUGUUUAUGCACACGAUCCAAAUAAAUUGUGCAAAGUUGGCGACACCGUUUUAGUAAAACCUUUAUGUGAAAGAUUAACACGUCUCAUAACCCACGAGGUCCUUGAAGUUAUUUAUCCAUUGGGUGAUAUUGUUGAUCCUGUCACUGGAAAGAAAGUUGUUAUGAGCAAAUAUCGAGAGGAUAAGAAAGCUUUGCGAGAUAUGUUUGGUAGGAAAAAUGGAUUUGAUUACGAUAAAGCUCCUCCUCGAGGAAGAUUGGAGGGUAUUCGUGAUUUUACUCAUAGACCACAACAUAUUAAAUUUUACGAAGGUCAACCUGACACAGUUUAAUGCGAAAAAUAUUGAAAAAUCCUUUUGUACAUACAUAUAGAAUUACAGAAAAUAUAGAAUCCUCAUAAAAACGCAA